AUGGAAAGUGAAUUUGAAAUGAGCAUGUGUGGGGAGCUAACCUUUUUCCUUGGAAUGCAAGUAAAGCAACUUGAUACAGGUAUCUUUCUCUCUCAAACCAAAUAUGCGGAGAAUCUCAUCAAGAAGUUUGGGCUUGAAUCCAAGAAGAUGGUUACAAAUCCUAUGAGCACCACUACAAAGCUGAGCGAGGAUCUAAAUGGAAAAUCAACUGACUCCACUCUCUAUAGAAGCAUGAUUGGAAGUUUACUAUAUCUAACUGCCAGUAGACCUGAUAUUUCCUACAGUGUGGGAGUGUGUGCUCGAUUUCAAGCAAAUCCCAAAGAAUCACACUUGGAGGCUGUCAAAAGAAUCAUCAGAUAUAUCUCAGGUACAAUUGACUGUGGCAUUUUUUAUACCUUUGACACUAACAUAGAAAUUGCAGGAUAUUCUGACGCUGACUGGGGAGGAAACUUAAAGGAUAGAAAAAGUACUUCAGGGGGAUGUUUCUUCAUAGGCAACAAUUUGGUUGCCUGGCAUAGCAAGAAACAAAAUUGCAUCUCUCUUUCUACUGCAGAAGCUGAGUAUGUUGCAGCUGGGAGUUGUUGCACGCAAAUGCUUUGGAUGAAGCAAAUGCUUCAUGACUAUGGCAUCUCUCAAGGUUCGUUCAUUAACUGGUUUUACUCACCAUGGUUCGCACAAAGCAAACAACUCGACUUGGUGGACAUCGCCGCCUGCCUCCUCCAGAGGAAGGCCGUCAGGCCGCUGCCAGAGCCGGGAUUCUCCAUCCCGGCAUGCAGCGUGCACGCAAUCGGAGCCCUCCUCUUCGCUUCUCAUCUUCUGGAGCCUGUCGCACCAGAGGAGAGCUCGGAUUCCAUUGAUGAAGAGGAGUUUCUAGACACUGUCACCAAGCUUAUUGAGGAGUUUGACGUGCCCUCCCAUUCAAAGGGGGAGAAGUAA